AUGUUUACCAAGACUGGCCCUAUGCAGAGCUGUGUUGCCGUCACUGUCGGGUUCAUCGACGGUGUACCCCGAGCCCAGCAGAAGACCUACGAGGCUGUCAUGACCGGCCUCGGCCGCGAUGUGGAGGUUGGUCUGAAAGGGCUCCUCGUCGUCGAGGUCGUUGUCUUCUCCAAUGCGGCCAUCGACAAAGAGGUUGGGGGUGAUUAUACGAGUGUUGAUUUGUGA